GGGGGGUAGUUGUCAUAGCCAGAUAUCUGGAGGAUUGAAGUGGGGGAGAAAACCAUUGUCUGUUUUGGUUUGAGGUAACUUGAGCUGCAUGCUGGCAACAGAAGCUGAAAAAGGGAGCAGCAUUAUGCAAGAGAUUUAUGAAAGAAUAAAUGUGGAACUUGACAGACAGGGAGGGUGCGGGGCCAAGGGUAAAGGAGUCUAAAAAUAACCCCCGGUGACUGAGCAAAUAGAAAAGGCAGGGAAGAGUGGGUUUCCAGGAAGGAGGAGUUCUUUUCUUCUUUCUUUCUCCCGGUCCUCCCCCCACCUAGCUGCAGAGGGGAGUUGGGAAAUGUACCAGGAUCAGUUCUUAAUGAGCUUGUUUGGUAUUUCAUGGAAUGAUUUGGGAGGUCGGGGUUUCAGCCAGUGUUGGCCAGGUGAACUAGGUCCUGUUAAGAAACACAGGUGCAGAGCCUUCUUAAUUUAUAGUUAAGAUAUUACCGUCAAACACACAGUUGCUGAUGAAAGAGUGGAGCUGUAAGUUCACAGCGUUGGUAAUUUGAAUUAAGUGAUCAUUUACUGAACUACAGAAAUCUGUUGUUAACGGGAUUUUCAGUGUUCAGUGCCAGUUUGUUGAAUGGAAUGUGACUGUUACCCUUGGCACACAAGUGUCUCAUGAUGAUCAGCAAACCUGAACGGACUUCAUUGGAGCCUGUUGCCCUGCCAGCUGUAAUCACUAAGCGGCUGGAGGAAAUAAAAUACAUGGAGCGAAGUUAUGUAUCAAAACCCACUUUGAAUGAAGUGGUCAUAGUAAGUGCCGCGAGAACGCCCAUUGGAUCCUUUCUAGGCAGCCUUUCCUCCCUGCCAGCCACUAGGCUCGGUUCCCUUGCAAUUCAGGGGGCCAUUGAAAAGGCAGGGAUUCCGAAAGAAGAAGUGAAGGAAGCAUACAUGGGGAACGUUCUACAAGGAGGCGAAGGUCAGGCCCCUGCGAGGCAAGCGGUCCUGGGCGCAGGCUUACCUCUGUCUACUCCGUGCACGACUGUGAACAAAGUCUGUGCCUCGGGGAUGAAGGCCAUCAUGCUGGCCUCUCAGAGCCUCAUGUGUGGACAUCAGGAUGUGAUGGUGGCAGGUGGGAUGGAGAGCAUGUCCAACGCUCCCUACGUAAUGAACAGAGGCGCUACACCGUACGGUGGUGUCAAGCUUGAAGACUUGAUUGUGAAGGAUGGGCUGACUGACGUCUACAAUAAAAUCCAUAUGGGGAACUGUGCCGAGAACACGGCUAAGAAGCUGCACAUCACGCGCGAGGAGCAGGACGCGUACGCCGUGGGCUCCUACGGCAGGAGUCAGGCGGCCUGGGACGCCGGGAGGUUUGCCGAGGAGGUGGUUCCUGUCACGAUUUCGGCGAAAGGUAAACCAGAUGUAGUGGUGAAAGAAGAUGAAGAAUAUAGACGUGUUGACUUUAGCAAAGUUCCAAAGCUGAAGACCGUUUUCCAGAAAGAAAAUGGCACAGUAACGGCGGCCAAUGCCAGCACGCUGAACGACGGCGCGGCCGCCGUGGUUCUGAUGACUGCGGAUGCCGCCAAGAGGCUCAGCGUUAAGCCGCUGGCAAGGAUAGCGGCGUUUGCUGAUGCUGCUGUGGACCCUAUUGAUUUUCCAGUUGCACCCGCAUAUGCUGUACCUAAGGUUCUUAAAGAUGCAGGAUUGAAAAAAGAGGAUAUUACAAUGUGGGAAGUAAAUGAAGCCUUUAGUCUGGUGGUGCUAGCCAACAUGAAAAUGCUGGAGCUUGACCCCGAAAAAGUGAACAUCAACGGAGGUGCCGUCUCUCUGGGACAUCCGAUCGGGAUGUCUGGAGCCCGGAUUGUCAUUCAUAUGGUUCACACCUUGAAGCCAGGGCAAUAUGGUCUUGCCAGUAUCUGCAACGGAGGAGGAGGGGCUUCUGCCAUGCUGGUCCAGAAGCUGUAGAACAUCCGCGUGUCCAGAGCAACAACCUGAGGUGGCUCGAAGGGCCCGGCGCCACCAGUAUGACGAAGUACCCGAGGUCAGGCUGUAACAAGAUCAUCUGUUUGGGGUUUUAUUUUCUUAACUUUUUUUUAAUAACAAGGUCAACUCUCAAAUCUUUUGAAAUUCUAAAUAAAUUUUUUCUUCUCUAAAUCUUUGGUAA